UUUGACUAGGUUUACAUGCAAGGUAUGAUUGUUUGGUAGCUACUUGAACAGUAGCCUGCGAUUGAUGUAGGCUAGCUAGUUACUCAGCCUUCUCAGCAGCCUACUUGGUACAUGCAAAAAAAACAUGAAAUGUGCACUUCAUUUAUGAAAUUGAGAUAUAUUGCUGUGAAGAUAUUAUGUUCAUGAUGUGUUUUUCCCCCUUUCUUUCCAGAGAAAGCAUUCAAGUCACUUGGAAAGAUACAAUGCCCUGACAGCCCCUCGAAAAAGAAAAGCUGAAAACCCAGUUCCCUCCACUUCCAGACAACUGAAAUUAGGAGAAACGAAAAUUGUGAAUCAAACAAAGGUAGACAACGUAGUCAUACAUUUUGUAAUUCAGAGUCUUCAACCAUUUACUGUGCUAGAACAGCCUGCGUUUAAUGCUUUAGUGCAAGAGCUACAGCCUAAUUCACGUGUGAUGUCCAGAACUACAUUGCGGCAGAAAGUAGAAGAGGGUGCCCAAGAAAUGAAGAGAAAUAUUAAACAAGCAAUGUCCUCCAUUGAAUUCAUUGCCACUGACUGUUGGAGUGCAAGAAGGAGAGGAUUUCUCGGAGUCACUGCCCACUGGGUGGAUUCAGAUUCAUUGAAGAGGUGCUCUGUGGCACUUGCUUCACAUCAGUCACCAGCCAAUGGAUCGAGUGCUUCAGAUGACGAUGACUUCUUUUCAAGCAUGAAAAAAACUCAUGGGCAGGAAAGUUUUAAACGGCUAGGGAUUAAAGGGCCACACACUUUUGAUGUGUUGGGCAGUGCAUUGAAUGACAUCCAUUGCGAAUUUGGCAUAGAGAAAAAAAUAGUUAGAACCACCACAGACAAUGGGUCCAAUUUCAUAAAGGCAUUUAGAGAAUAUGGAGAACAACAACAAGAUGAGAACAAUAACUGUGCCUCCAGUGAGACUGAAGAGGAUGCUUGCAGUGAUGAUGAUGAACAGGAAGAGGAAGGUGUUGAUGUUGACUUCAUUGAGUUGAUGCAGCCAAGGCCAAUUCCAAUGACUCCUAUAAAAGACUGUCACGAUCAGCUUUUGCGAAAUGCAGUGGCUUAUGGAACAAGACAUCUCGAUCCUCCACUGCUUCAGACAUCAUAGAGGAAACAUGCAAAAUACAACUGAUCCGGCCAAACGACACACGAUGGAACUCAUUAUUUCUCUCUGUUGAAAGAAUCGUGAGAAUAAUCAAAGAUGAAGGAGAAGGGGCCCUGAGAACUGUAUGCACUGCACUGAAGUUGCCAAUGUAAGUGUAACUUUUUUUAAAUAUACCUUUCAUUCCAAUAUGAAAUUUUGGAAAAUAUUGCUUAACUAUUCAGUUGCUUUAAGUAAGGGGAAAUGGAGGACAAUUAUAGUCCGAGCAGCGUCACCACUCAUCACACACACACACACACACACUCACAGACAGACACACAAAAACACACACACUCUCUCACAGACAGACAGACAC